GUGGAAGUCGCAUGCUCGUAUCCAGUGGUGCACCGAGAGGUUGUGCGUGGAGAGGCAGGGACACGCAGGGACGCAGACACACGCAGGACUCCUCACUUCACCUUCAGCUUGUGGAGGAAACGCACCACGUAGAACGAAUCGGUUUUUUAUUUAUUUUUAACACGCAUUCAUUCGUCUACUGAGGAUCGAGUGCUGGCGGAAGGGGACACUAAAGGGAACAUUUGAUUUCUACCCGGCUACGCAGGAGGAGAAGAUUUGCUGAGGGUCCCCUGCAGAUCCAAAGCCCUCUGAUGUUGGCUGACAUUGGCGAACAAAAGGAUGUCGCCCUGAUUGCUGUUUUGUUGGGCCCGGCUUUACAUUAGAAAAGAUGUCUACCACAACGGAAAGUGGGAUGGCAGGGCCCCGGAACACAAGCAGAGAGAAAACGUACAAAAAGACCACGUCAUCGGCCUUGAAGGGGGCCAUUCAGCUCGGCAUUGGCUACACAGUGGGCAACCUCACCUCCAAGCCUGACAGAGACGUGCUUAUGCAAGACUUCUAUGUAGUGGAGAGUGUCUUUUUGCCCAGUGAGGGAAGCAACUUGACGCCGGCCCAUCGCUAUCCUGACUUCCGUUUCAAGACCUACGCCCCGCUGGCCUUCCGCUACUUCAGGGAUCUGUUUGGCAUCAAACCAGACGACUACCUGUACUCCCUCGUUAACGAGCCUCUGAUCGAGCUGACCAACCCGGGCGCCAGCGGCUCGCUCUUCUACCUAACCAGCGAUGACGAGUUCAUCAUUAAAACCGUCCAGCACAAAGAGGCCAAGUUUCUCCAGAGAUUACUGCCUGGAUACUAUAUGAAUCUGAACCAGAACCCGCGCACACUGCUGCCCAAAUUCUAUGGACUCUACUGCAUCCAGUCCGGAGGCAUCAACAUCCGACUGGUGGUGAUGAACAACGUGCUGCCGCGCUCCGUCAAGAUGCACUACAAAUACGACCUGAAGGGAUCCACCUACAAGAGACAAGCGUCCAGGAAAGAGAGAGAAAAGGCGUGUCCCACAUACAAAGACCUGGACUUCCAGGACAUGCACGAAGAAGGUGUUUACUUUGACCCGGAGACGUACAACAACCUAAUGAAGACGCUGCAGAGGGACUGUCGGGUGCUGGAGAGUUUUAAGAUCAUGGACUACAGCCUGCUGCUGGGCGUGCAUGUCCCGGACCAGAGUCACAGAGAGGGGGCGGAGCCGGGCCAGGCCGGGGGGGACGGGAGGAGACCUGUGGGUCAGCGGGUGCUUUACUCCACUGCCAUGGAGUCCAUCCAGGGAGACGGCAAGGCCGCAGAAGCCCUCGCCACGGACGACACGAUGGGUGGCAUCCCUGCCAAAACACACAAGGAGGAAAAGCUGUUCAUAUUCCUUGGUAUCAUUGAUAUCCUACAGUCAUACAGGUUCAUUAAAAAGUUGGAACACUCAUGGAAGGCCCUGGUGUACGAUGGCGACUCCGUCUCGGUGCACCGGCCCGGGUUUUAUGCAAGCCGCUUCCUCAAGUUCAUGAGCACACGGGUCUUCAGGAAGACGCAGCCGCUGCGAUUCUCCCCUUCAAAGAGGACUCGUACGUCCAUCCCGGCUCUGAAGUCGUCCUCACAGGAGAUCCUUUCAAUGCAUGCAGAUGAGAGGAGAAGGGAGGACAGGAGGGACAGGCUGGGAGGGGCCUGCAGCCUCGCCAGUCUGGACGGACAAGCUGUGUUUGUGUCGUACCUGCGUCCAGAUCUGGUCCCUGCCAACCCUUCCUUCUACGACGGCUCCUCCAUGGGGACUACCUCCUCCAUCUUUGUCAACGUGGACAACCACUCACAGAAAAGAGAGGACGCUGCAUCCAGCUCCACGUUUACGCUGGAAGACAGCGCUAUCUGCCUGACUUCAGAGCACAGCACCGUGGAUGUGGACAUCGACCGGGAUGACGGGUCGGUUCUCGACGUCUACUUGUGAAAACCGCAGCUUUACGACGUUCAUUUUCAUUUAUUUUUUUCUUGCCAAAUCAAGACAAUCGCCACACUCCAUUGGCCGGGACCGGGCUGGCCCUCCGCUCCACAUCCCGUGCUGCUAGAUCCAUGUUGCCACUUGUAUUGCCAACACAUAAAAAUAAUCCUCUGGUUGAUGGAGUAAAAGAAGAGUUCCAGCGAUGGACCUCUGCAGUAACCAUGUAAUGUGAUGAACAUCAUGCUGAACGGCGUGUUGCUUUUUGGAGCAUGAGUCCACGCAGUGCCAUUAAGUUUUAUAUAUGUAUACUGUUUUCAUGGCCUACUCAAAGAGCUGAAUUAUUUACUACAUUGCAGAUGAGGGGGAGGGUAGAUACAUUUCUUUCAUUUCCUUUUUUCUGCUGACCAGGAAGAAAUUAAAAAGGAGCAUUUCAAAGUUUGCGACUGCACACCUUGUGGAACAAAGAAAUGUUUACAGUGAAUUUCUGGAAUUCUGUGGUGGCGUCUUUGUCCCUCGUUAAAAGGGCCGUGACGCUGACGCGCAGAAGACACAAGCCAGCUCACAGGCAACGGAUGAGAAAAGACUCAAAUGAACAGACGCGAUGGAUCCUGCAGCGGCUGAAGAGCCCACCUUAUCCCCUCUGGGCUGCCCGGACAAAGAGCUCCUGUGAAGGGAAGUGAGAGCGAACAGUUACUGGAUCUCGGAUGAGGCACAAACCAGAGGGAUGAUGGACUAGCUCUUGAUCAAAAGGCAAUUUUGACAUUGGUUUGAUCACGGUACAAAUUUCUUCUCUGAAGAGGUUGCUUUGGUGGGUGGGCUACCUUAGAAAAGCACAGAUUUGCAUAUGCGAUAGCACUUUGUUUCUCUUUAUACUCUUCAAUGCACACCUUUGUCAGUCAUUGAUUCUACAUAGAACAGUGAAGGAGCCAUUGUAGAUUUUUGAUGUGGAGCUAAUAGUUUUUUGUCAUGACUGAAGAUGCUUUCACUCAGGAUAUCCUUUGAUACUGAAGUGUGUCCUUUUGAAGAAGUAAGGAAUUCAUGCCUCGGCUAUCGAUACCUCUUCAUCAAGACCAUAUCCAACAAUCAGGAGUUGUGUAAAUCUCAAUAUUUUACCAUUUGCUAAAAGAAAAUGUUUAAUCGCUGAAUGUAAAGACAAUGCAUAUUUAUAUUCAGAGAAACUCCUACAAAUAAACUGCUUAAACUUG